AUGCCAGAUCAGAUCUCAGUGCCUUCCAUCAAAGCCAACCCGUUUACCUGUACCGAGGUUACAAAGCCUCUGAUUAGCACCAGCGACCCGAACGUUGUAUCGGCCGCCGUGACGAGGGAAAGACGAGUUGAUGGCAUCAAUCUGGGCCUUGACGUCGCUGGAAAGCGUGACGGACUUUGUGUUCUCUUCCACCCGCGGCGCAGCAGUUGCUCCAGGAAUGGGAAUGAUGGCGCCUGUAGCUUCGGUGUUUGCGGUGGCCCGUACCCAGGCCAAUGCCAGCUGCGCAGGCGUGACCUUUUCGCGUGCAGCUACGUCCUGAAGUUUUCGAACGAGUUCCAGGUUCUUGUCGAAGUUCUCAGGCUGGAAUCGGUCGAGGUAGUGGCGGAUAUCGCCUGCGGGAAUGUCGGCAGGACUGCGAAUCUGGCCUGUGAGAAGUCCACGACCAAGAGGGGAGUAGGCCAGGAUCGGCACCCCCAGCUUCUUGGCCGUCGAGGCCACGCCGUUUGUCAGAAUGUCGGUGCACCAAAGAGAGAACUCGACCUCAAUCAGAGUCAGAGGUGUGUGCGCAUGAGCCUUCUCCAGUGUAGCCGCGCCAAUUUCGCUCAAUCCUAUGCCGCCAAUCUUGCCUUCGCCAACGAGCUCUUUCAAAGCUGA